AUGGCGAUGAACCUAGACUUGUCGAAUGCGACGUUGAUGAAGGAUGACCAAGGUCGUCCCUUUAUUGUUGUCCGAGACCAAGGCAAGAAGAAGCGCCAGUUCGGAACCGAAGCUGUCAAGUCCCACAUCCUUGCCGCCCGCACAGUUGCGAACAUCAUCAAGACCUCCCUCGGCCCCCGCGGCCUCGACAAGAUCCUCAUUUCUCCAGACGGCGACAUCACCGUAACAAACGAUGGCGCUACUAUAUUGCAACAGAUGGAAAUCACGAACCACGUAGCGAAGCUUCUCGUCGAGCUAUCCAAGUCGCAAGAUGAGGAGAUAGGAGAUGGGACCACGGGCGUCGUAGUGCUCGCGGGCGCCCUCCUCGAGCAAGCCGCGGAGCUCAUCGACAAGGGCAUCCACCCUAUCCGUAUCGCCGACGGUUAUGAUCAUGCUUGCGACAUCGCAGUGGCGGAGCUCGACAAGAUUUCGGACGUUAUCGAGUUCACAAAGGAGGAGACCACAAACCUUGUCAAGGUGGCGCGGACGAGUUUGGGUAGCAAGAUUGUUUCCAAGGCUCACGACCAGUUCGCCAACAUCGCCGUCGAUGCUGUGCUGUCCGUCGCUGAUCUAGAACGCAAGGACGUCGAUUUCGAGCUGAUCAAGGUUGAUGGAAAGGUUGGCGGUUCUCUAGAGGAUUCCCUGCUUGUCAAGGGUGUCAUUGUCGACAAGGACUUCUCUCAUCCCCAGAUGCCCUCCGAAGUCAAGGACGCUAAGAUUGCGAUCCUUACCUGUCCUUUCGAGCCCCCGAAGCCUAAGACGAAACACCAUCUCGACAUCACAAGCGUUGAGGAAUUCAAGAAGCUUCAAAACUACGAGAAGGAAAAGUUUAUCGAGAUGAUCCAGCAAAUCAAGGAUACCGGUGCCAAUCUUGCUAUUUGCCAGUGGGGCUUUGACGACGAGGCCAACCAUCUUCUCCUCCAGAACCACCUACCGGCUGUGCGAUGGGUCGGUGGCCCCGAGAUUGAGCUGAUUGCUAUUGCCACCAACGGACGUAUCGUUCCGCGUUUCGAAGAUUUGACCCCCGAGAAGCUCGGCACCGCUGGUAUUGUAAGAGAGAUGUCUUUCGGUACAACGAGGGAGAAGAUGCUCGUUAUUGAGGAGUGCGCAAACACUCGUGCGGUGACUGUAUUUGUCCGUGGCAGCAACAAGAUGCUUGUUGAUGAGGCUAAGCGAUCUCUCCACGAUGCUCUCUGCGUCGUAAGGAACCUUGUCCGCGACAAUAGGGUCGUCUACGGUGGCGGUGCCGCUGAAAUCGCCUGCUCCCUCGCCGUAGAGGAUGCCGCCGUCAAGACGCCUGGUCUCGAGCAAUACGCCAUGCGCGCCUUUGCCGAGGCGCUAGAUGCCAUCCCGAUGGCCCUCGCCGGGAACAGCGGUCUCCACCCCAUCGCGACGCUCGCCGAGGUGAAGAGCCAGCAAGCCACGGGCGGCCCCUCCGCCCGCGGAAAGUACGGUGUCGACUGCAUGAGCCGGGGCAACAACGACAUGAAGGACGCAUUCGUUAUCGAUCCCCUCAUCGGCAAGAAGCAGCAGCUUCAGCUCGCGACGCAGCUAUGUCGCAUGGUUCUCAAGGUUAAUAAUGUUAUUGUGUCGGGUGUGGAUGAGAAUGACUUUUAA